CGUUCGCAACCAGCGCAUAUCCAGCUCACAACUUUUGGACUAUCCGCUCAUUUAUCCACUCGAUAUCUGUCAUUUAAAAAGCUAUUACUCCCCAAAGCCCUAGAACUUGUGAAUGGAAGGGUCGAAGAUUGAUUCUCCUACUCUCUCGGAUGGUUCAUUCAUCAUUAUUGACGGCGAACGGUCGCCGGCGAUUGCACCAGCACCACUUCCGCCACGCAAAGAACAGCUAUUUGCUCACAACUUAUCGGGCGCCGCGACGGGAGGCAAGCUGUCUCUUCACGGCCGCCACUUCGUAGACGCUUUCGGCAGAGUAUGCAGCUUGCGUGGAGUAAACCUGGCAGGAAACUGCAAGACGCCAGCGAACGAUGACCACGAGGCUUUUCCUGCGAACCACGAAUCUGUCACCUUCGUGAACCGACCGUUCCCACUAGAGCAAGCACACGAGCAUUUGUCUCGCCUCCGCAGAUGGGGAUUUACAUUUGUUCGUUUUCUUGUCACAUGGGAGGCAAUAGAACAUGAAGGGCCAGGCAAAUACGACAAAGAAUACCUCGCGUAUGUCCGCGCCCUCUUGUCGCUUCUUCCACAGUACGGCAUAGUCGCCUUCGUCUCGAUGCACCAAGACGUCUGGUCGCGACACUCUGGAGGUUCAGGCGCGCCGGCGUGGACGCUCACCGCCACAGGCUUCGACCUCGACGCGCUCGAAGAGACUGGCGCGGCGUGGCUGAAGGGCGUGAAGGGCGGAGGACACGUCGAGAAAGAAAGAGGCCUCUGGCCAUGUGGAUAUCAGAAGCUCGCCGCGGCGACAAUGGCGACAUGUUUCUGGGCUGGAGACGCGUUUGCGCCGAAGCUGCGCGUGAAGGAUGCUCACGGUGCAGAAGUCUCCAUCCAGCAGUUCUUGCAGGCCUCGUUUCUGGGCUCUUGGGAAAUGCUUGCCAAGGCCGUUGGAGACCUUGAUGGUGUAAUCGGCUUUGAGAUCAUGAACGAACCACAUAGAGGAUACGUAGAGCUGCAAUCAAUGCACGGCUUCGACUACAACACCGAUCUCCAUCUUGGACCCGUCCCGACCCCGCUGCAGUCUUUCACUCUGGGUGCCGGUCACCCCACGGAGGUCGGCGUCUGGACGCGUUCGUUCCCCAUGCCCACGCGCCGCACUUCGCAGGCCGUCCUGAACGAAGCAGGCCGGAAGGUUUGGCGCGACGAUGGCCCGACUGGCGGGCAAUGCAUAUGGGAGAUGCACGGCGUCUGGGGCUGGGACCGCAAUAAGAAAGAGGGCAUCGUCCUCCGGGAGAACUACUUCAAGAAGCACCCGACGACGAACCAAAAGAUUGACUGGUACACGGACUUCUACUUCCCCUUCCUUGAGAAGUGGGUACACCUUGUUCACUCAACGUCCAAUUCCGACAAGAUGAUCUUUGCUGAAGCGAUCCCCAAUGAGUUUUGUCCAGCUUCGUGGACACCGGAGCAUCGGCCGAGGAACAUGGUGUACGCACCGCACUGGUACGACCUGAACGCGCUGUUCACCAAAGGAUUCGGCGACUUUUCUGUCAACGUACAAGGGUUGUCUCGAGGCGUAUUUCCGCUCAAGACCUUCUAUUGGGGCCAGCAGGGAGCGCGGGAGAACUAUUCGCUUCAGAUACGGAAUAUCACUGAAGAAGCCUACCGCUCGCUGGGUGAGAAGCCGGUGGUCAUCGGAGAAUGCGGUGUGCCUAUGGACAUGAAUGGUGGGGAAGCGUUCAAGUCAGAGGACUUCACUUGGCAGCUGCGGAUGUUCGACGCGAUGAUGUGUGCCUUGGAACGUGCGAUGGUGGGAUUCACACUGUGGAAUUACAACCCGAACAACGAUGACCGGAAGGGUGACGAUUGGAAUGGCGAGAACUUUGCAUGGUUCAGCCAACGGCGCGCGCUCCCAUCUUCCCUUCUCGACUGUGACCAGAGCUCGCCGACCCUCGACAAUGGUGCGCGGAUCCUGCGCAGCGUCGUCCGCCCGUACCCGGCCAAGACUGCCGGCAUACCUCUGCGGUUCGUAUACGAGGUCAACACGGGCGAAUUCACCUUCGAGUGGGCCGUCCCUGGGCCGUCCAACGCGCCAGCCGAGCAGCGCGCGGACCGCCCGUCGGUGCACCGCCCGCCUCUCGCGGGCCAUCCGCCGCUGACGUCGCACGUGACGGAGAUCUUCGUGCCGUCGUUCCUCGCACAUGGCGGCGCGGUCGUCGUGCAGGGCCUCGCGGCGGGCGGGAGUUACGAGUACGACGAGGCGCGCCAGACGCUGUACGUCCGCGCGCCGGCCGACGCUGCGCCCGGCACCGUGCACCGCAUUCGUGUCGCGCUCGCACCGCGCCUCAAGGCCGUGUUCCUCGUCAACGACUUCUGGAGCGACUGGGGGAGCACGGUCGCUGCCGUCGCUGCCGUCGUGCUCGCCCUGUGGGCGUGGCUACUGAUGCGGACCUCACAAAGCUUGUAGGACAGGUGUCGGGUUUGAUCUUGCUGGAUUUGUGUAGACGGUCUGGGUAAUGGAAGCUGAUUCAUUCUAUUUGGAAUUUGGGCGAUGAGCUGCAUGGGCCUUGUUGCUGAUAAUGACUAAGAACUCAACGUUUCAACGCUCACGCGGAGAGUAGGUUCUGUGGCGCUUUU